AGUGUUUUUAUUCUGAGACACGCGCUCUGCGUCUCAUGUCGAGCUGACCCAAACACUGACUGAUACCGGACCAGCCUCACAUCUCAGAGCGGGUUCACUGUCUGGAAACUUCCCACCUCCCCUGAACACAUCGCUCCAUCUUUUCUUUCUUUUUCUUUUUUUCUUUCUUUUUGAUUGACGCUCCGUGCUGGAUUUGUCCUCCUGCUGGACAGAAAGAAAAACACAAGAAGGAGGCAGAGCGGAGAAUAAAGGAGGUGGAGGAGGGGAAAGAAAAGAAGAAGUGAAAUAACAGGAGAGCGGGAAGAGAAGAGAAGAGAAGAGGAGAGGUUUUUAAAAAGCUUUCUGUGUUUCCAGCCGCUGAUCUGAAGGAGGCGACGCCAUGACAACAGAAAUGCAGGAGAUCGCCAUCACGGAGGAGAAGCCUUUACUCACGGGUCAGGCUGACACCAAGGAUGCUGAACUGGCUGCCAGGAUACUCCUGGACCAAGGACAGGAGCACAGUAUUGAGACCCCACAUGGCGUCCUGCAUGUGACCCUCCACGGCACACGAACCACCCGCAGGCCUGCGAUCCUCACCUUCCAUGACGUGGGUCUGGACAGUAAGAGCUGCUUCUCCCCUCUGUUUAAGUUCGAAGAGAUGCAGGAGAUUGUCAAGAAUUUCACCCUGAUUCACAUCGACGCUCCGGGGCAGGACGAAGGGGCCGCUGCCUACCCCACCGGUUACCAGUAUCCCUCCAUGGACACCGUAGCAGAGAUGAUCCCAGCUGUCCUGCAGUUUUUCAACUUCCGUACUGUAAUCGGAGUCGGUGUUGGAGCCGGAGCGUUCAUCCUCUCCAAGUUCGCGCUUGCAAACCCUGACUCAGUGGAAGGUCUGGUUCUCGUCAACAUCGACACUAACGCUCGAGGAUGGAUAGACUGGGCUGCUCAGAAGCUCAGCUCUGUGACAUCCUCCCUCACAGAGCAGAUCCUGUCCCACCUCUUCAGCCAGGAGGAGCUGUCAUCGAACACAGAUCUUGUGCAGUCUCACAGAGAGCGCAUCUCCAAAGCCUCUAACCUGGUCAACAUAGAGCUCUUCUGGAAGACUUACAACAGCCGCAGAGACUUGAACAUUGACCGCAACAGCACCUUCAAGUGUCCAGUCAUGUUGGUGGUGGGUGAUCAGGCUCCGUACGAGGACGCUGCUGUGGAGUGCAACAGCAAAAUGGAUCCAACAACAACCUCAUUCCUAAAGAUGGCUGACGCCGGUGGUCUCCCUCAGCUGACCCAGCCUGCUAAACUGACUGAGGCGUUCAAGUACUUCAUCCAGGGAAUGGGCUACAUGGCUUCGUCUUGCAUGACCCGCCUGUCCCGCUCCCGCACCACCUCCCUCUCCUCCUCCUACUCCAUGGACGGGUCCCGCUCUCGCUCCCGCACCCUGUCCCAGGGCUCGCAGGGCGGCCAGAUGCCACCCAGCCCGUCCCAAACGAUGGAGGUGUCUUGUUGAAGGAAAAAAGAAAUAGACAGAGAGAGAGAGAGCGAGAGAGAGAGAGAGCAAGUGAGAGCGAGAAAAGAAGGGAAAGAUGAAGCAAUGCAGAAACGAGACGAAUGGGUUACUUAUUUGUCACUAAACAACUCCUCAUCAUUCCCCAUGAGAGCAGAAUAGGAAUAGAGGAAGGGAGACGGAGGGAGAAAGAGGAAGAUUGAAAAGGAAAACACAUUUUUGCACCACAUACAAAGUCCAGUCCUCCUCACAUUCCCCUUCCAUCUGAAAUCAAAGUGGAUUGGGCUGUUCCACAAUGAAGUAUAGGCGAGAAGAGAUUAAUAAAAAAAAAAGGGGGGGGGAUGUGAUGUCCUCUCUCCCUCCCUCUAUUGGAGCCCUCAUCAGCCGGUAGAGCCCUUUAAUUUAGAUAAGGAGGCCUCUAGAGACCACACACCUCUGUUAACCAAUAGUAAUAAUUCUGAAACCGGUGUUGUUGAUGAUGAUGUUGUUGAUGAUGAUGAUGAAGCUAAUGAUGAUGAUAAUGAUGUAAUAGAAAAAAAAAACAGUAACACUUUUCUCUUUAUUACUCAAUGAGUUUAAAAUGACAUAGAUAAAAAAAAACUAUAGCAGAGAUACUUAUAACGAUGUGUGUCUACUACUUUUUAAGCUAGUUUUUAUUGUGUUCAUUUUAUUUCUUUAAUCAGAUUUUUCUUAUUUGUAACCUGCCUCAACAAAGAAAAGGGGCUGAAGCUACUGAUUGGUUGACCCGUCACGUGGUAACAGCCAAUGAGAGCCGUUAUAGUGACUACUUCCUCCUUGAUGUUGCCAGGUUGUUCAUGUCUUCCAUUUGCCCCGUCGAUAAGUGACUGUUCUGUUCUCCCAUUUGGGCAGGAAGUUUUUAUUUUUCUUCUUCUUCUUCUUCUGGACUGUUUGGAAGUUGCAUGCCUGGUAUCAGCCCAUGUGAAUAGUGACUGGAUAAUAUUUUUUUCUUUUAUAUUCUGCAAAUGAGUUGUGUGGAUUUGAAUGUGUGCGUUGUUUGCGUGCUGUUCUGUUUUAGCGAAUGCGACGGCCUCGAGACUGGAUUCACACAGAAUCAGGCGCUCCGGCAAAAAAACUGAGGUUUUACCAUUAAUUUCAAUGGGGGUGGUCCCAUUUCUGCACCGUUGUAACACAACGGGUGUCAACAAAAAAAUGAGGUUGAUCUAGAUCCAACUUUGGUUCGACUUAUAGGCCACAAAAUAUCGACACGAAGAAGUUUAAUUUGAUUUGUAAGACAUAGAGUAACAUUAACAGUGAGUGAGCACUGGUCUUGAUAUUUCCUUGAUUGUCUCACAGCGGUUAAAUUCAGCACGUAUAGACACGCCAAGGGCAAACCACCUACGCUCCCCUCAUCCCCCCACCACCAUUGGACAACCCUGCUGCGACUUGCCGCAAUGCCUGAUCUUGUGUGAAUCCACGCCCGAAGGUGAGCAUUGGUGAAACUGAGGGUGUUUCGCGCGCUUUAGCAAGCUAGCUGGCACCCUAUCGUUAACACUCGUCACACACUAAAUAGUGCUUCCAAUAUUGCUGCCGGUCUCACACUGCGUGUCCUAAUAUCCACAAUCAUGUACUACUCAACAGGGAGCAUUACAUCACUCGGUAGCAUGCUAGUUUGGAUACUGCAUUGAAGUGUUAGGCCCGGCCAGAAGGGAUCACUGUGUUUAUCAUCUGGGUUGUAAAGCUCUUAGCCUUGCCCAUGCAUGGAUACCUCUUAACAAACCCAGCUAACAUACUUGAGUUUCUGUGCGAUGUGAGGUUAAGAUACAAACACAUGCUCGUCUCUAGCAACAACAAGCGGCUUUGAUUUCAAGCAAACGGGUAAAACAGAAUUGCAUGAUACGUGUGUCUGUGGAAGUAAAUGUGUAAGUGUA